AUGGACUAUACAGACAAUAAUCCUCCGGAUGCAAUUGAUCGGGAACAGGCCCUGAUUGAGCGCAUCGAUCAAGGGAGACAGUCGACACCUGGCUUGGACCCCGAGAUGGAGCUCCUUGUGAAGCGGACAGGGUCUCUUCAAUUCACGGAGCAUGGCCAACUCAAGUAUUUUGGAACUACCUCCAACGUGCAUUUUCUGAAAACGGCCAUUCCCUUUCAGCCACCUAUGGAGAGCAAAGCACCCGGCGAGACAACUGCCAUGUGUCUUGAACGUGCUGGUGUGGCUCAGAUAAUUCCCCGUGAGGUGGAGGACCACCUGAUCAAGUUAUAUUUCACGUGGGAGAACCCAUACUUUAAUGUGGUUGACCGAAAAGCAUUCAUGGACGCUCGCAAGCUAGCACUGUCCGCCGUAGAGGCGGGAGUGAGCAUAGAAUCACCCUGCUACUCGGAAUUGCUCGUAAACGCCAUGUGCUCCUGGGGAGCACUCUUUACCGAUCGCAUAGUUACAGGAGUUCCAGCCCCACUCCACGACCUAUUUAUCCUUCGAGCCCGGGCACUGUUAGAGCGCGAUAUCGACAACCCAACAAUUGCAACUGUGCAGGCACUGGCUAUGAUGAGUGGCAGUGAAGCGAGCAGAUGUCGGGAUUCUCGAGGGUGGCUUUGCGAUGGUAUGGCGACGCAGUUGUCUCACCAUCUUGGUCUACACCUCGAUGUGGAACACUAUGUCCAGUCGAAUGAUAUGUCUCGCGAAGAGGCCAAUGCGCGAAGCACGGCAUUUUGGGGAACGCAUAUCGUCAACACUGCUUGGAGUUACUACCUUGGACGGCUAACAAUGCCCGUCUCCAGUGCGAGUCGCGUCCCAGUGCGCCAGCCUACUGGGGAUCACCUUGGCCAACCUUCUUAUUGGGAGAACUAUACUGAUGAGCCAAUACUUGGUUUAACCCAGCACAUUGAACCACUAGCAGCCAUGUGGGAGCACCAAAUAAGUCUAUACUCUAUCAUGGAAUGGCUACAGAAAGCAUUCUACGAUAAACAAACCGAUUCGAUCUCCCAAUUGCGGGCCCAUACUUCUGCCAUCACCAGCGCACUCGACACAUGGCUUGCGGGCCUCCCACAGGAGCUCGUAAUCGACAUGACCAGUACCUUAUCAGUCUACUUGCCGCAUGUAUUAGUCCUGCAUAUGCAAUUCUACGAAGUCAUGAUCUUCGCCAAUCAUCCUUUCGUCACGUCCCCACGAAUCGGCACCUGGGCAGAUUCGCGUCGCAGAUAUCUAGACUCUGCCAAGGCAAUUACGCGCAUCGCACACAUUUACAAGCGCCUCUGGUCGCUAAGACGCAUUAACAUCAACUUUAUGCACCCGAUGCUUACCGCGGCCAUGGUGCAUCUCUAUGUUGCAUGCACAUCCCAGAGACAUGAGGAAUAUAGCCUGGCCAUAUCUGAUCUAGGUGCCUGCUGUCAAGCCAUCAAGGAGGCAUCGAAAGCAUAUGAGCUGGCAGCCUGGCAGCUCCGUUCUAUAUACCGUGUUUCUCGGAUUUGGCACGACAUGCUCGAGAGCCAGACUCUGGAGCCACCGGCUAUGGAGCCACCGGCUAUAGAAUCUGCUCAGCUGUGGGGGGCAAAGACGUGUCCACAAUACAGCGAGCGGUGGGUUGCAAUUCAAUCUGUUAUCCAGGAAUUUAUGGAUUGGACGGAUCUGGAUCCGGUACCUGAAGAGCAAUCCCCAUGGUUCGGUACUUGGAUGCAAAUGCAACAGAUGGCGGGUGUGGAUCCUUUCUCAGUUGGGUCUGCAUAG